AAUACUCUGUCUUUGGCAGGAGAGAGACCAGACUCUCACUCUGACAGCAGUAAGAGUCCUUCAGAGGAACCAAACCCAGAGACUCCCAAACCAGUGAGACGACUCAACUGCUCCCAGUGUAAUAAGAGUUUCAAGUUGUCAUGGAACCUAAAGGAGCAUGAGAGGGCACACACAGGAGAAAAGCCUUUCCACUGCUCCCAGUGUGGAAAGAGAUUUCCACGAUCACAGAACCUAAAAAUACAUGAGAGGACACACACAGGGGAGAAGCCUUUUCUCUGCUCCCAGUGUGGAAAGUGUUUUACCCAGUUAUGGAGCCUGAACAAACAUAACAGAAUACACACAGGAGAAAAGCCUUACCACUGUUCCCAUUGUGGAAAGAAUUUUAGGUUGUUAGAUAAGCUGAAGGAGCAUGAGAGGACACACACAGGGGAGAAACCUUACCAUUGCUCCCUAUGUGAAAAGAGUUUUACCCAAUUAGCUUACCGAAAAGAGCAUGAAAGGAAACACACUGAAGAAAAGACUUACCAAUGUUCCCAGUGUGGAAAGAGAUUUUCACAAUCACAGGAACUAAAUUCCCACGAGAGGACACACACAGGGGAGAAACUUCACCACUGCGCUCAUUGUGAAAAGUGUUUUACUCAGUUAGGGAGCCUGAACAAACAUAAUAGAAUACACACAGGAGAAAAGCCUUACCCCUGUGCCCAUUGUGGAAAGAGAUUUUCUAGAUCACAGGACCAAAAAUCACAUGAGAGGACACACACAGGGGAGAAACCUUACCAUUGCUCCCUAUGCGGAAAGGAUUUUACCCAUUUAGGGAGCCUGAACAAACAUAAGAAGAGAAUACACUCUGGAGUGAAGCCUUACUCAUGUUCCCAUUGCCUAAUGAAUUUCAGGUUGUUAAAUAACCUUAAGGAGCAUGAGAGGACACACACAUCUUACUGUGGUCCCAGUGGAAAAGAUUUUAACAAUUUAGGGAAACUAUAAGAUCAUGAGAGGACACACGGGAGAAAUCACGCAGUUGUUCCCAGUGUGGAAAGCGUUUUACCCAGUUAGGGAGCCUGAAAAGGAACACGCAUACAGGGGAGGAUAAGCUCACAGUUUGGAAAGAGUUUUAGUUAGGGAACCUAAUUGUGGAAAGACAUUUUCCAGGACAGAGGACCUGAAAUCACAUGACAGAAUAGACAGGCUGUGUUCUGAUGAGUCGCUGUGUUCUGACUUAUGUUUGACUGUUGUGUCAUGCUGCAUUAAAUCUUAUUGUUUAUAUGAAAUCUUUAUCAAGAAUAGGCAUGUUUAAAAUAAAAAAUCCUCUGGAGACAUGAGUAUGUCUAAAAUCAGAUUAUAAUUUAAAAUGUAUUUUGUUUUGAUUCAACCCAUUGAUAGAUUGGAUACAUGUUAGAACCCUUAGAUGUUAAUGACAUGAUUUGGAUAUUUUAAAAUGUAAAUUGUUAAUUGGAUGAAUAUUGUGUGUAUUUCUUGAUUCUCUAACCUUGAAUCUUCAGGAAAUGUAAUUUAGGUUUCAUUUAGUUAAUUUGUGUUCUAGUCUUCAAGCUAAAGAUGUAUGAAAAUGGGAUGAUUUUCUGAUAACGUUGAUAAGUUGUUGACAUAAACUGUCACUACCUCUUGAAUGUUUCCAUCGGUAUUAUUACACCAUGUUAGAGAAACACAGGUGCUGAUUGUAAAAAAAAACCCAUUUGAUUAAUGCACCAUUUUUAUCUGAAUAAAAAUGAACUUUUUAA